AUGGCGUCGUCGGACUCAUCGGUCGACCUAGCGACCAUCGACGCUCUCGAGUUGUUGGGCGACAACUCCGCCGCCAACUGGCAUUCCUAUGCCCACUCCGUCGAGGUGUUGCUCUCCUCGGUCGUCGUCAGCGGACAUACCCUUCGCUCCAUCGUGUUCCAGGAGGAGGGUGGACUCCAGCCCAUCGCCCCUUCCGCCCCCACUGGACCUGCUCCUGCUGAGCCCGGACCCGAGCCCGAGCCUCCUGGCGAUCCUCCUUCUUUUGCACUGGAUGUCAACAACCCACAAAGCGUGGAGUCUGCCAUCCGUGCCUACCGCACCUCCCUCAACGACCACCUUCGUUGUCAGCUGCGCUACGAGGACGACAAGCGCACCUACGACGAUGCUGCUGCCUGCCACCACGAGUACCACGCCCAGCUUGCCACUUACACCACACGCCUCGCCACCUACACCACUGAGAUCACUGCGUGGCGCAUUGCUGAUCGUCGAGCUCUCGCCAUCCUCCUCGCCACUAUCCCCUCCUCCCUCAAACGAGAACUUUCGCCAACCUCCUCCUCCCACCUGUGGCAACUGCUUGUCGACCUCUUUGACUGGCAGGACAUCGCCACCCUCUAUGCACUCAUCAAGGACUUCGGAUCCAUCACCAUGGAUUCCACUGCCGGCGCAGCCGCCUUUACUCGCCGCGUCCUUGACCUUGCUCGCCGCCUUGCAGCGCUUGGUGUUACCUACCCUGACACCGUCAUCUGCUGCCACCUCCUCGAGGGUUGCCCAGUGGAUUAUCACCACUGA